UACAGAUAUGUGUGAUACAGAAAUGUCAAAUAUAGCAUUCUAAGCAUUAAAACUAGUCUUGUGUGUUGCAUCGAACAGAGAUAUUCAUGGAAAUGUUAGUGUAUAUUAUCAAAAAAAUUAUUUUUUUGAUCAUGUGCUGUGCUAUUUUAUUCGAUUUCUGCACAACGAUGUCAGUUAAUACAACAAAAUUAAAAGAGUCGGAUCAUUGUGAAGAAGUGCCGAGUGAAAUAUUACAACGAAUUCAAGGGCCGGCAUUUUUGCCGCGUUACAUGAAUGUACGAAAUGAGACGUUGGAAAGUGAAUAUGAAUAUUUAUUCAGUUCGCAUAAUACAAGCCGCAAACGAGAAGCCGAUUUGGAUAUAUCGUCAUUUUAUGUGACUGACGAGAAUAUGGAGGUAUUGAGUGAAGAACCAGCAUGGGAAGUCAAAUGGGAAACAGUUCAAACGCAGAAUCGAAGACGGAAAAAAAGAAGUUUGCUGCCAAUCGGCGUUAAUUCAAAAGUCGAGACCGAACCAUUGGGUACAUUGAGCCGAACCAAACGACAAAGUCGACCCCGUGUUUCAUUUAAUCAAAUCGAACCAUGGCAAUGCGAACGAAAAGUUAAAUGGAAUGAUCUUGGUGGCGAUUAUUAUCCAUCAUAUAUCAAAACAAUUGAAUGUACAAGUCCACACUGUUAUUAUAAACAGUACAAUUGUAUGCCAAGAAAUUUUGCCGUUCGAUUAUUGCAUCGGCGAAAAGGUGUUUGUGCGGAAGCAUCCACUCUUCGGGAGUAUGGAUACACCGGUGAAGGAGAUGUUGAGUUUUGGCAAUGGGUUGAGGUCCCCGUUACGUUCUGUUGUGAUUGCGUCAAAGCUGCAAAUCGAUAUUAAUCAACACAAUUGAAUUUAAAAAGAAAAUUAUUUUUUUAAUGAUAAUAUUAUAGAUUAAUUUUUUGUGACGGAUUUCUAUGUGGAAAUCCAAUAUUGG